CCUGGCUGGCCACGUCAUCCACAUGAUGGGGGACUCCACGCUUCGGCAGUGGUGGGAGUAUCUCCGGGACACCGUGCCCUCCCUGAAGCCGGUGGAUCUACAUGUCACAUAUCAGACGGGGCCCCUGAUGGCUGUGGACACCACUCGGGGCAUAGUGCUGCACUGGAGGGCCCAUGGCUGGCCCCUGCGCUCCCUCCGCACACCAGUGGCCUCUCUGCACUCUGUGGCCCGGGAGCUGGAGGGCCUGGCCGGGGGUCCCCACACUGUGGUGGUGCUGGGUCUGGGAGCCCACUUCACCACUUUCCCCCCAUCCAUCUUUGUGCGACGGCUGGCAGGGAUCCGGGCGGCCGUGACCGCCCUGCUGACCCGGGAGCCCCGCACCCUCGUGGUCAUCAAACUGGCCAACACUGGCUACAAGUCUGUGUAUGGCAGCGACUGGCUCACCCCGCAGGGGGACCGGCUCAUCUGCCCCAGCUGA